GGAUUUGUGGGACAAUGGCGACGUUCCCCUCUCUCCUUCUCGCGGCUGUUUGCCUCGUCUGUUUAGCAGGCGCCCAUGUCUUCACGGAGGAAGAACGGGAGUUGUUGAAACAGGCCAAGUUUGAAGAGUUGCCCAUAGAACUCAGGCGUGCCCUAACCAAGAAUAAAAGAGCCACAGUAUCCCGUUGGUGCUGUGCCAACGAACAGCCAAUCCAUUCCAUUCAGCAUUCGAAGAUUGUACCAAAGACAAUCCAAGUGACAUCACAGGUGCAGGGUGGCACUAAACAUUGUGGAUUUGCCGGUUGGAAAAGAUGCCACACCUACAACGUCAAAUAUCAAAACAAAGUCACUUACAUCAUAUCCUACUAUGAGGUUCCUGACCAUAGUCACUGUGCUAAAGAAGACAUAAGAUGUUGUAAAAACGCCGUGCAAAUAUCUGGACACUGCGUGGAUCUGGCAGAAGCCGCCGAAAUGCUGAAAAAUGGCGAAACAGUCGGAUAACUGCCCUGAAGCACAGUAUAUGUAUUUUCUACUGUAAAUGGUUGGUGUAUGGUUUUAAGAGAAAGGGAGGGGAAUAUAAACGAAAUACAAAACGAGACAAAACGCAAGUUUUGUUUCUUGAAA